AUGAGUCCUCCACAACAACAUGCUCGUAAUACCACUGCAAACACUCGCCGAGCUGCACCCACACAUGCACGCCCGCUAAGGCCUCCUCCGCUCGGUCCUCGAAAGCAUAGUCACUCGGCUCAGUCAAAAAAGACUACUGCCACUUCUGCAAAGAGUCACCCGAAAAGAGACAUCGACCCAGAGGACGAAGACAUGGCUGGUCUUCCUCAGUUUUGUGCUACUUGCGAGAAGCAAAUCCUCACUCCUGCCUGCAACUCCAUUCUCUACUGUUCAGAGAGCUGCCGCCGAAAGGACCACAACAAGCCUCUGAGUCACUCCAUCUUGCCGUCGGAGCCCUCGCCGCAACCUAUCACCCCCCGAAGCUCCUACUUCUUCGAAGACAACCAACACGAGAUUUUGCCCAUGCGAUCACCGACCGUCGUGCGUCCACCAUCAUUGGCCUUCUCAGACGACAGUUCGGAUCUGUCUGGCAGCGAGGAACAACCGGCAUACCGACGCAGUGAGAGUGAUGGAUAUCGCUAUCUCUCACACUACCGUUACAGCUCCACCGACCAGAGCCCCCGUCGUGCGAGCUACGAACCAUAUACACCGUCCUUGUCACACACGCCGACUUCGCUUCUCAGCACUGUUGGUUCAUAUCUAUCGGCUCGCCCGCUUCCGGGUCGCAAGAACCCUUAUAGUGCUUCGUUCAGCUCCCUCUCAGUCGACCUCGUCACGCCUGUCGUCAACACAGAACCACUGACUGCGUCAACCGAUCUAAGCCACCAGAGUACUUCACUGCGCAGUAGUGUAAGCACUAGCACUGCCUUCCGUGUCGUCGAGGGAGAAAUGAGCUACGAGAAGAAGGACUACGCAAGUGGUACAUCACCCAGCAAGGGCAGUCUUCGACAACUUUUCUUCCACGAGGCCAUGCAGGCACCCCCAAGACACGAUUAG